AUGAGUAGCGAUGAUGAACGGAACCGUCCCGGAAACUCAGUUGCCGGAUUGUCUAACCUUCAAAUGCGUGCUUUGAAUGAUUCUAUGUCUAACAUGUUGAACGUAGGUUUAGAUCAGAUCCAUCAGAGGCUUGAUGAGAACCAGGCCAGCCAAGCUCCUUCUAGAGCCGGAGCAAGAAGAGACCGUCUGCGUAGGAACACUCGCCUAAGUGGAUUGAAACUAAAAAUCCAACCUUUUGAGGGUAAAAAUGAUCCUGAUGUUUUUCUUGAAUGGGAGAGAAAAAUUGAAUAUGUCUUUGAUUGUCAAAACUUUUCUGAACUUAAGAAAGUUAGACUAGCUGUUACUGAAUUCUCUGGCUAUGCUAUUAAUUGGUAUGAUCAAGUUGUGACCCUUAAGAGGAGAACAGGUGAGAGACCGAUUGAGACAUGGGAUGAGUUUUCCAUGCUGAUGAGGAGACGAUUUGUUCCUGCUCAUUAUCACCGAGACCUCCACCAGAAACUCAGACGCUUGCUUCAAGGCACGAAGUCUGUGGAAGACUUGGAAACUUUGAUGAUCAAGGCUGAUGUAGACGAGCCCAUGGACGCCACUAUGGCUAGGUUCCUCUCUGGCCUUAACCGAGACAUCCAAGACCGUAUGGAGCUUCAAGAGUAUGGUAGUGUGGAACAGAUGCUACACAAGGCCAUCUUGAUCGAGCAACAAGUUAAGAGGAAGAAUUUCUCAAAUCCGGCCAUUACCUCUAAACCGGCCUACUCUCCUAGAUCGGCUUUUGCUCCUAAGCUAAGCUACCAAGACAAAGGUAAGUCUUCUUACACAACACAUAAUGCUUUUAAAACUGAUGUCCCCGCUCGUGAUGACAAAGGAAAGGCAGUUGAUACUUCUGGCCGAGCAAGAGACAUUAGGUGUUUCAAAUGUCAAGGUCUAGGACAUUUUGCCAAAAACUGUCCCAACCAACGAGUGAUGAUUCUUACGGAGAAUGGAGAAGUUGAAUCUGAGGAUGAGCAGGAGAACAAAGAAUAUCUUGGUCCUAUCUUUGAUGAAGAGGACGAGUCCUUUGGAUAUCCGCAUCACGGACCACUACUCGUUGCUAGGAAAGGCAUGGUCGAGUCUAUUUUUGAUGAGACGGACGGCCGCUUGGUCGAUGGUUCCGACCCAGCCUUUGAUGAUGAGUCCGACCCAAUCUAUGAUGAGGAGCCUUGCCUUGACUAUCCAGCUCAUGGUCCUCUACUUGUCACAAGAAGAACUCUGAGUGUCCAACCCAAAAACAAUGAAAAGGAACAAAGGGAGAAUCUCUUUCAUUCUCGAUGCUUAGUUUCUGAAAAGAAACUAGGACUUGCUACUCGGCCUCUCUGUCGUCCUUUCAGGAUGGAAUGGCUAAACGAGGCUGGAGAACGGUAUGUGAAAGAGCAAGUCACUGUCCCUAUUACCAUUGGCAGAUAUGAGGACGAGGUCGUUUGCAACGUUCUUCCUAUGGAUGCAUGCAACAUUCUCUUGGGCCGGCCAUGGCAAUUUGAUAAGAGAGCCGUGCAUGAUGACUUCACAAACCGACACUCCUUUGAUCAUAAAGGGAAGAAGAUCACGCUUGUUCCUUUGACACCUUUUGGAGGUUCAUCAAGAUCAGAUCCAGCUCAAGAAGAACCGUGA